AAGAUGUGAUGCGAGGGGCACGAGGAGUUGCCGAAGGCCAUGGGCUGAAGUCACAGAAAGAAAGAUUUUACUGGCAGGACUCCGGAUCGGACAAAUGUGAAGGAUUUUGUGCGGGCGUGCGACGCCUCCCAGAGCCCAUUUUCAGCCCUAAACCCUGUUCUAGAACCCGAAGCGGCAGAUCUCCCCCACUUGCCUCGGGAACGGCGCUGGCUGCUCCGCAGGGGUUUCCGGCUCUUGACUGGUUGAGGCCGCAAGACGAGCCGUGUUGAAAUUCAAGUCGAGAUGGAGGGACGACGGGAGAAAUCGCACAACAAAUCCUCCUCCUUGUCUGUGGAUCAGUUCGUCUCCGUCAUGACCCCUCUAAUCGAUCUGGAAAAGGAGGCUGAGAUAUCAGCAUCUCUUGGUUCAUCAUCAUCAAAGAGUUUAGAUAUUGCUCAAAAGAAGGGUUCUGCUAUUCUUAAUCUGAAAUGUACAGAUGCUCAGACAGGGUUGAUGGGAAAAGUUCUUCUUGAGUUCCAAUCUAAUAAGGGGGAUGUUCUUCUUGCUCACAAGUUUGGGACCCAUGAUGUCGUUGUUCUAAAACCAAACAAGGCUGAUCUAGGUUCUGCUCCACUUGGACAAGGUGUGGUUUAUCGCCUCAAGGACUCUUCCAUUACUGUUGCUUUUGAUGAUAUUCCUGAAGAUGGAUUAAACAGUCCUCUGCGUCUUGAAAAAGUUGCAAAUGAGGUAACUUAUCGCAGGAUGAAGGAUGCUCUAAUUCAACUUAGCAAGGGCACACAACAAGGACCAACUGCAGACUUGAUUCCUGUAUUAUUUGGGGAGAAACAACCUACACAUUCGAAGAAAGUUGUGCAAUUUACUCCAUUUAACAAGAAUCUUGAUCAUUCACAGAAAGAUGCCAUCUCAAAGGCCCUCUCGUCUAAGAAUGUAUUUUUACUUCAUGGGCCUCCGGGAACUGGGAAAACAACAACAAUCGUGGAAAUAAUCUUACAAGAAGUAAAAUGUGGAUCAAAGAUCCUUGCAUGUGCUGCUUCUAAUAUUGCAGUUGACAACAUCGUUGAACGACUUUUUCCAUACAGAGUGAAGUUGGUGAGAUUGGGGCAUCCUGCACGCUUACUACCACAGGUGUUGGAGAGUGCGCUUGAUGCACAGGUUUUACGAGGUGAUAAUUGUACCUUGGCAAAUGACAUUCGCAAGGAAAUGAAGGUAUUGAAUGGGAAGCUGCUGAAAGCCAAAGAUAAGAACACAAAAAGGGAUAUCAGGAAAGAACUUAGGACCCUUGCCAGAGAAGAGAGGAAGAGACAACAGCUUGCAGUCACAGAUGUUAUAAAAAAUGCAGACGUUGUGUUGACAACUUUGACUGGUGCAUUUACUCGCAAACUAGAGAGCAGUGCAUUUGAUUUGGUUAUAAUUGAUGAGGCUGCUCAGGCACUUGAGGUAGCAUGCUGGAUAGCUUUGCUAAAGGGUUCUAGGUGUGUACUUGCAGGAGACCAUCUCCAGCUUCCUCCAACAAUACAAAGUGUUGAAGCAGAGAGGAAGGGAUUUGGUAAAACUCUCUUUGAACGUCUGGCAAGUUUGUACGGUGAGGAAGUUAUGUCUAUGCUCACUGUCCAGUACCGGAUGCAUGAGCUGAUAAUGAACUGGUCAUCGAAAGAACUCUAUGGUAGCAAGAUAGAAGCCCAUUCAAGUGUCUCCCAACAUAUGCUUUAUGAUCUUGAAACUGUGAAAAAGUCAUCUUCAACAGAGUCCACCCUUAUUCUCAUAGACACAACAGGUUGUGACAUGGAAGAAAAAAAAGACGAAGAAGAUAGCACUAUGAAUGAGGGGGAGGCUGCAGUUACCAUAGCUCAUGCAAAGCGACUUGUUGAGAGUGGAGUAAAUGCAUCUGAUAUUGGAAUUAUCACUCCUUAUGCUGCACAGGUAACCUAUCUUAAGAUGAUGAGAAGCAAAGAAGACGGUCUAAAGGAUGUAGAAAUUUCUACAGUUGAUGGAUUCCAAGGUCGGGAAAAAGAAGCCAUUAUCAUUUCAAUGGUUCGAUCUAAUUCAAAAAAGGAGGUGGGUUUUUUGAGUGACCAUAGGCGAAUGAAUGUGGCUGUGACGCGCUCUCGAAGACAAUGCUGUCUUGUAUGUGAUGCUGAAACCGUGAGUAAUGACCGCUUUUUAAAACGUUUAGUUGAAUAUUUUGGAGAGCAUGGCGAGUAUUUGAGUGCAUCUGAGUAUGGACAUGAGUAAGCAUCUGCCAUUUAAAUCUACGUGUUAAAUUGUCAAGCUAGCUGUUAAAUCAUGGCCUCUGCAACGGGCCUUGCACAUUCUUUGCUGGGACAGCAGAUGAAACUAUGGAAAUAUGAUGCUGGGACACGUUCCCUUGAUGUAUUAUUAGAAAUGUUUAAUUCUAUCAAUGGUUAAGAAAUAUUAAUAAGCUA